UUCUCUGAUUCUCCCACACACGCUCUCUCAUUCCCGCGCUGUCCUUGUUUCCAGACUGCCGCGUGUUUCCAGCAGCUCUUCAUCAGAGGAAGAGGAGGAGGGAGAUACCCUGCGGACGGAGAUUACACACCCCUCACACACACUGAUCAGGAACGCUGCGAGUGCGUGAAGCACGGAGCCCUUCUUCUCGGAGCCGCCCGGUUCAUGGAUAUUCCCCUCUGGACAGAGUAAACAGAGAGAGCGAGGGAAGCCGCGCCGACAGCAGGACGAGAGACAGACAGAGAUAGAGACAGAGACAGUGUGCGUUUAAAUGUGGAAAGCGUCCUCUCUGAGCUCCAUGGCAAACUCUGCGUGCGUGCUGCUGUCCGGCUCCGGGAUGCUGCCACACUCGCUGCACGCGCCGCACGCCUUCCUCUACUUGUCCGAGGGUAAUCAGGAGGCCAGCAACCCGGCGGACGCGAUGGCCCAGACUUACACCCCGCAGUUCGCUCAUCCCCCGCAGAACGGCAUCCCGGCCGAGUUCACCGCGCUUCCCACGCAGGACUACGCGGGACAGAGCCGCGUCCCGGACCACGGCCUGGCGCUCUACACGCCGGCGCAGAGCCACAGCGAUCUGACCAACACCGACAGCAGCACGCCGGCCAUCAGCAGCAGCGGCAGCACGGCUCCGACGGAAGACGUGACGCAAACAGAAGUCUCCCAGCAGGUGCCGCAUUCGGAGUCCACGGAAAAACAGCAGCCCAAGCGGUUACACGUCUCCAACAUCCCCUUCCGCUUCCGUGACCCGGAUUUACGGCAAAUGUUCGGGCAAUUUGGGAAGAUCUUAGACGUGGAGAUUAUCUUUAAUGAAAGAGGAUCAAAGGGCUUUGGCUUUGUAACUUUUGAAACGAGCGCAGACGCAGAUCGUGCGCGGGAGAAACUAAACGGUACAAUCGUAGAAGGACGUAAAAUCGAGGUGAACAACGCCACGGCGAGAGUGAUGACGAAUAAGAAAGUAGUAAACCCGUACACAAACAGCUGGAAACUCAAUCCGGUGGUAGGAGCCGUUCACGGACCGGAGCUCUAUGCAGUGACGGGUUUCCCGUAUCCCGCAGCAGGAGCGGCGGUGGCGUACCGAGGCGCUCAUCUUCGAGGCAGAGGCCGGGCCGUUUACAACACCUUCCGCACGGCUCCUCCUCCUCCGCCCAUCCCGGCCUACGGCGCGGUGGUGUAUCAGGACGGGUUCUACGGCGCGGAGAUCUACGGUGGAUACGCGGCGUACAGAUAUACCCAGCCUGCGACGGCGACAGCGUACAGUGACAGUUAUGGGAGAGUCUAUGCAACUACCGACCCGUAUCACCACACCAUCGGCCCGGCAGCCACCUACAGCGUGGGGACCAUGGCGAGCCUGUACAGAGGAGGCUACAGCCGCUUCACGCCCUACUAGAGAGACUAAACCACUGAUUACUCAAACUAGCACACAAAACCACUAGACUCGUUCUGCUACACGGAGUGCGCUUUCAAACUAAAAUGCUUCCAGGUCACCCAACGGCCCCUCAUCUCUCAAGCGGACGUUGUGGAAAAUCAGUGGGAAAAUCAGAAGAGCAGCUCACAAACGUGGAUUUUUUUUUUCCACCCUUUGAUUUCAGACAUGUUUUUUUUUGUACACCAACGGUUUUCCCGCAUUCGCGUUUUGCCUGCAAAAGCGAGGACGGCGCGUCAAAAAGCAUUUCAAAGCGGCAAGAACGUGAACUGUUGUGCGGUCCUUUAAAUGAUCGUUUUGUUAUGUAUAUAAGCUGCUAGUGUGAAUUCAGACAAGAGACGGAAAAUAUCUCAGGACUCUCUUCAACUUUUCUCUGAAUCCAAAACCACCCCCAGCAGACACGAAAAUACGCUCCACCAGAUAUCGCCAGCAUACUCUAGUCUCUGUGGUCUGAAACGGUGUGUUUAAUAAGCUGUCCUCGUUUAGUUGCCGGGGUCUUAUUUGAAGGGUUUCUAUGCAUGUUGUUUCAGAGAUGAGAGGACUUUUGCACUAACAGAUUUACCUCUGUACGCAGUGGACAGGUUUAACUCGCGCCCAGUGGAUGAGCGAGUGCUUUCACAAUAACACAUACGGGAUUAAACCCUCAUUUCAUGUACGGGAACAUCGCAUAAAGUUAACAAAGAGGCUUUGAGAGCGAUGUGGAUUUUCGAAGGAAGGCCGUAUUAUUAAAUUCAUGAAAACACAUAAUGGGAUUUAAAGGGAUGUGAGAAUUUUUUGAAUUGUAAUAAAUAUAUAUAUAUAUAGACAUGGUGAGAUUGAGGGAGUUAUGCAUAGAAAUGUAAAAAAUAAUAAAGAUUUACAGAGAAAUUAAAAAAAUAUAUAAACUCUUACGCUUAAAUACAUGUAAGGCAAGGCACUAUGAGAUAAACAACACUGUAAAAAAAAAAAGUUGGUUCAACUUGAACAUAUUUUGCUUGAAAUUUCUUUGUUUAGUCAACUAAAAUAUUUUAGUUGUCGCUUUAACUCAAAAAGUUUAAGUUGGCUCAACUAAAAAAGUUUAGGCGACGGCGUAUCAAGGUAUUUCAAGGUUUUUUUUUUUUUUACAGUGAAUUUUCAGUUUUGAGAUUUUGGGCAAUUUUGUUUCCAGACUAGUGAAAAGAAAACAUCCAGAAUGCACACGAGUGUUUCUUUAUUUUCUAAACGUUACCUACAUACACCAGACUCAGCAUUUCGAUUCCUCUCUAUAUUCUGAAGGCUUUUCUAGAAAGGUUCGUUCAUACAUCGUUUCAUUAUUGCACUAGAACUAUUUAUAUCUGUAGAUUGCGGUUGCAAUACAUACAUUUAAAGGCUGUUUUCUCUACGUGAGUUGCUUUUUCCACUUCUAAAAUAUAUCGACGGCUUUAUACCCAUCUAUAUUCUGAAGGUUUUUAUAAAGCUGUUCAUUCACACAAUAUUCUCUUUGUUUCAUUAUUGCACCAUAACUAUUCAUGUCUGUAGAUUUCAAUUACAGUAAAUAUAUAUAUAUUUAAAGGUUGAGUUCGUUUCUCCACUUCAGUAUACUGAAAAUUACCAAAUUUUAUUCCUAUCUAUAUUCCGAAGAUUUUUAAUGAGGGAUUUGUUUGUAUAUUAUUCACAAUAAUUUAUAUUCAUAUAUUCAUGUCUAAAAACAUGUUAAAAGUGUAUUUUCACUUACAUACACCAAAACCGUUUUCAUUUAUCUGUAUUCUGAAAAGCGUUUAUUGAUUUUAUGAUCGCACUUUAUCUCUUUGCAUCUGUAGAUUUCAGAAUGAGUUUCUCCGAUUUAGCAGCAUUUAUGAAUUUUAAGAGUUCGAUUAGUAUCUAUAUUCUGAAUAUUUUUAUAGAGGGGUUCGUUCGUACAUGAUUUGCACUGCUAUGUAUUACAUUUUAUUCCUAAAACGUAAAGAAAAUGUCUUUUUUUUCUGCCCGUUAGGGGUUUUUUUUAUUUAUAGAGGAUAAAAAAAAAUCUCUUCUGUAAAACGUGUAACUAACAUGUAACAAACUAAACCUAAAAAAGAUUUAUUCAAUGCCAUUUUUGCAAGUGCGCACGUAUUUCAUUAGAAAAUGCCUCAUUCGCGUGUUUAAAAGAAAUAUCUGAAAACUUACAACGGCGUUUUCUUCGUGUAUUGUACGUGUAGGUGAUAUAUAUGUUCGCCUGUAGUGUCUUGCCUUAAAAAAAAACGUACUGAGACACGGUGAAGCAUAAAGAACCGUAAGAAAAGAAACCUAAAGAGAAAAGAAAGGAGAAAAGCCGUCGGCUGAGAGUUUCUUGUUUCCUUUUCCGCUUCCAUCUGAAUGCAUUAAUGAUUAAAUGUGAACAAGUUCAGUCUACACCUCACUGAUUCAAAUGCAAAACAUGGACAGGGACCCUAAGUAGUGUGACAUUUGUUAAUAAUUAAGAUGGAAACUCUCAAGAGCCCGUGUUAUGAUGCUUCGGACUCAAUUCAGCCCCCACGCGCUGUAAAAAUGUCACUUGAUUCACGUAAUUAGGGCUAUAUCCUUGAGGAAACUUAACUUUUGAGGGACGUGACUGAGUGAAGGGCCUUUAUGCUUGAAGUAAGGGUAGGAAAAGUUAACCAUGUUUACACACUAACGUAUCAGCAGCUGAUUUCCCGAAUCUGCUGCAGAUCUCUGUCGCGUCCGUGACUUUGUUUUAGGGACUCUUGAGGGUUUUUGCACUGAACCGCAGUAAACGUAAGUCCGUGUUUUCCUCUCUUUUAUUCCCCUUCGACCGGUUAAGGCCGCCGCCGAGCCUCUGUGGACGUGAAAGACGCCAUUUUUUUUCCGUUUCGCUUCCACUCAAAAGUUAACGUACGAAGAACCAGCAGGCGGACAAAAGUACACGCGUGACAUGCAUCGUUUUAAAAUGUCAUAAUGAAGAACCGCAUAAUUAUUCUGCAGCUCAUAAAGUCGACAUAUCAGCAUACGUUACGAUUAUUAAUCACGUCUAUGAAGUCUUCAGGUCUCGACUCGUAAAGGCCAGCAUGUUUACCUGCUGUUUAAGCAAAAAAAAAAAAAAAAAAAAAAAAAACACACGUAGAGUUGGGAAAAAAAAUACAAAAAGCAAAAAAUUUUGUAAAUACGUGUAUAUAUAUACUUCGGAAAUAUCGUAUGAUUCUCUUCCUAAGCGUUUCAGUACUUAUAACGGGUUUUAUGUGUUAUCCUUUAAACGCUAUGUCAUUUAUUUUCACUUGUUUUUGUCUGAGGGUUUUGUCAGAAGUGCUUUUGUUGGAUAUACUCAGCACUGUAUACGAUGUGGUCUUUUUGCAUAUGAAAAUAUUUGAUGUUUAUAUAUACAAGUUCAUUAUAACUCAUGAAUAUGUCUACGUAAAAAAUAAAGAGCUUACAUGA